GGGGGGGACCGAGGCAUUUGCCGGACCAGAUCGACCGACCCGGCCGGGCCGGCAGUCACCUCACCUUCUCGCCCCUCUCCCCACCCCCCCUCUGCCCAGGCUCCCCCUCCCCUGCCCCCUGGACAGCAUGAACUUCCGCCGCGCUCUCAUCACGGGCAUUGCCCUUUUCGCCCUCCUGGCGGCCGUCGUCUCGGCUGCCUCCCCCCGCAAGUGGGCCCUCGUCCCCGGCGCCACCCCCGAGCAGAUCAAGGAUCUGAUCCGCACCCGCGACGUCCGCGGCUACUACCACGAGGACGCCCUGCUCAUCAUCGACGAGAAUGUCAACGAGUUCGCCGACCUGGCUUCCCAGUUCCCGGAGGCCCGGAUUCUGGCCGAUGUCGAGCCCUCUCGCAAGGUCUACAUCCUGGAGAAGGACCUCCUGGAGUCCGACUGCCCCGGAACCGUCCGCGCCUGGGGUAGCCGCAUCCACAACGCCCUGAACCGCUACAACGCCGAGAUCCUCCACUCCGACUCCAACCGCUUCAUUGCCAUGCUGCCCGCCAUGCCGGAGGUCGGCCCCAGCCUCUUCCGCGAUGCCCUCCUCCGCGACAUCUCCCUGGGCACCGAGAUCCUCACCGUCCCGGAGUACCCGCUGGAGUCGCUGCUGCAGCGCAACCAGGCGGCCCUCCGCGAGCUGGCUGCCACCUUCGGCACUGAGGGCCAGGAGGUCGAUGCCGCCCGCUUCCGCCUCCUGGACCAGGUCAACGAGGACGACCUGCGCUACUACCUCGAGUACCUGACCGGCGAGGCCUCCGACUCGCCCUUCACCACCCGCAACGCCUACUCCACCCAGGCCCACGACGCGGCCAGGUGGAUCGCCGACCAGUACACCAGCAUGGGCUUCACCACCACCCUGGAGACCUUCCGCGAUGACAUGUCCCCGAAUGUGGUGGCCGUCCUGCCGGGCCGCCGCUACCCCGACAAGUUCGUCGUCCUCGGCGCGCACUACGACUCGCGCGCCAUCGACGUCAACAGCCCGACCACCGACGCCCCGGGUGCCAAUGACGAUGGCUCCGGCACCUCGGCCCUGCUGCACAUCGCCGAUCUGAUCCGCAUCAACAAGGUGUCCUUCGACUACACCGUCAUCUUCACCACCUUCUCGGCCGAGGAGCAGGGCCUCGUCGGCUCGCGCGCCUAUGCCAAGGCCGCCAAGGAGCGUGGCGAUGACAUUGUCUACAUGUUCCAGUCCGACAUGCUGGCCUUCAAUCAGGAGGGCGAGAACUUCCAGACCGCCUUCCCCAGCCGCUACACCGAUUCUGAUCUUGUUGAGCUGGCUUCGCGCGUCGUCCAAAAGUACGUCCCCGAGGUGGACGUCUGCCUGACCGACGCCUGCUGCUCCGACCACCAGGCCUUCCACGAGCUGGGCUACCUGUCCACCCAGAUCUUCGAGCGCUGUGGCCCGAUCGCCGACAACCAGUACCACCGCCCCGGGGACCUGGUCAACCGCCCGGGCUUCUCCCUGGAGGGUCUCAAGUACAACACCCGCUCUUUGAUGUCCCUGCUUCUGGUCUUCGCCCAGGGCAUGAUCGUCAACUAAGCGCUGCCCCCAUUGGCCGCUUGGCUCUUUCCUCUCCCACACCCCUUCCCCCCCCCAUCUCAACCGCGGGGAGGGAGGGAGGAGGACCGUGUGCAAUCCGAUGCAUGCUCUCCGCGAGAGGGGGGCUGGGAACAAGCACAGCGAGAGAUGGGCGAAAGCCAUCUCUAAGACCAAU